AUGAAUUUUAGGUGAGGUUCUUGUUGAUAACAAAAACAAAAACAAAAAAACACAUCUGAGACUCUUUCUCUUGAAUCGCUAUCCAUUCCUUGCGCAGUGGGACAAGCAUCAGAAACAGAGGCAAAAACUUGUUGCCAUUCCACCCAAAUUCCGCGUUCUUUCGCUGAUCCAACGUUUUCAUCAUUCUCUCCACUGUAUACCCAGAAAAUCUCCUCGCCAAGGUUUCUGCUUUUCGUUCAUUCUGUGUUUCAAAUCUGUUUCUUUGUACACUUUCUUUUCUGGGGUUGCUCUCGGGGGAUAUUGAUCUCAUCUCAGACACUAGUUACCUGAAUCUCUGUGAUUUUGAUCACUCGAAGCUUUGAUAUUUUGUAUGGUUUUGAAUGAUUUCAUGCUUCAGGGUUUAGUGUAGUAGGGCUUGAUUGUGUUGAAUAUAUGACAUGGCUUGGACAACCCUCAAAGGUUCUCCCAGAAUGUCUUCUCAUCCAAGGCCUCUUUCUUGGAUUGUGAUUAUGGUGGGAGCACUGGCAUUUUUCUUAAUUUAUGCUUCCUGGGUUCUUGUAUCAUCCCCAAUUGGUGCCACGGUUCAGGGAUAUUUUUAUAGUGUAGGUAGUUCAGAGAAGCUAGAUUUGCCUGUGUCUUCAGUGAAUGAAGCUUCUAUUAAUGAUGGUCACUCGAAUACGAGUUUAGAUCUUGUUGAUAAAAACCCUCCCUCUGAGGAUCUGCAAUCUUCCACAAUUUCCACUGAGGUGCCUAGCGAUAGUAAGACAGAACAAACUGAUACCACUUUAAACUCACAAGUGGACUUGAGUGACUCUACUUCAGUGAACCUUACAAUGACCAAGGAAGUGAAUAAUAACGCCACAGAUGUAGCCAAUAGUAGCUUGCCUACUCAAGAAAAUUCACAAGUUGAUUUGAAUUCAAAAACAACUACGUCAUUGGUAGGUAUCAAUUCUUCUAAUGAGACAGAUAAUAUUAGAAUGGAGGAACCCACUUCAGUGGCUUCGAUCAAUCCGUCCAGUGCUGUAAGUACAGCACCAAAUGAGACCUCUAUCUCUUCCGGUGAUUCCACUUCAACUGCUGUUCCAGCAUCAGUAGAGAAGCCAAAUAACACACCCUCUGCUGGCUGUGAUCUGUACCGUGGAAAUUGGAUACAUGAUCCAUUGGGACCGUUAUACACAAACAAUUCGUGCCCUGUAUUGACACAGAUGCAGAAUUGCCAGGGUAAUGGGAGGCCUGAUAAGGAUUAUGAAAAUUGGCGAUGGAAGCCCUUUCAAUGUGACCUCCCACGAUUUGAUCCCAAAAAGUUCUUGGAGCUGAUGAGAGGGAAGACCUUGGCUUUCAUUGGAGAUUCAGUAGCCCGAAACCAGAUGGAAUCAAUGCUAUGUAUUCUGUGGCAGGUAGAGACACCAAAGAAUCGGGGAAAUCGUAACAUGCAACGAUAUUAUUUUAGGUCCACUUCUGUUAUGAUUGUCAGGAUAUGGUCCUCGUGGCUUGUCAAACUAACAUCCGAACCAUUUGACUAUGCUCCCGGCGGUGUGGAUAAGCUCCAUCUUGAUGCCCCUGAUGAGAAGUUGAUGGAACACAUCCCAAACUUUGAUGUGGUUGUUCUUUCUUCUGGUCAUUGGUUUGCCAAGCAGUCUGUGUAUAUUUUGAACAAUGAGAUAGUGGGAGGACAGUUGUGGUGGCCUGACAAGUCUCGAAAGAUGAAGAUUGACAGUGUUAAAGCAUAUGGCAUAUCUGUUGAAACAUUUCUAACUGCUAUUGCUACAAUUCCAAAUUACAAAGGGCUUACAAUAGUGCGAUCCUACUCACCUGACCAUUAUGAGGGUGGAGCAUGGAACACAGGUGGAUCGUGCACUGGGAAGGCUAAGCCUCUUGCACCUGGUGAACUGGUGGAAAAUGUGCACACGAAUAUAAUGCAUGAGCAACAGGUGACGGGCUUUAACCGUGCAGUGGAAAGGGCAACAAAUGGAUCAAAGUUGAGGCUAAUGGAUAUCACUGAAGCCUUUCAAUACAGGCAUGAUGGUCACCCUGGUCCUUACAGGAGUCCUGAUCCCAAUAAGAUUACGAAACGUGGACCUGAUGGAAGGCCACCACCACAGGAUUGCUUGCACUGGUGCAUGCCAGGCCCCGUUGAUACAUGGAAUGAACUUGUGUUUGAAAUCAUUAGGAGAGAAUAUGAAGGUGGAAGUGCAUCAUGAGAUGUGUUUAUUUUUUUGACUUCACUAUGUUGUGCUUCUGCACUCAAGAGGCAAUAUGCUGUGACUUUUGUAGAAAUGUGACUGUCUUGGGAGGGGUAAAGGUAGUAGUAGUAGUCCACUUGAAUCUUUUCAUAGCAUAACAUAUUUACUUAUUACAGGGAAAUUAAUUUAUUUUUAAACAUUGAGAUGAUAAGAUUUUAGGUUAUUCCUCAACCAUCGAAAGCCAUCAGUACUACUACUUGGGUAAUAUGAUCAUGAGCAAGUUCUGAUUUUAAAUAUCACCUUA